GGAUCCCUUUACUUUGUUUACUUUUUAGUACAAAUGUUUGUACCGUAGUUUCCAAAUUUUUUUUAAGUAAAUCAGACAUUGCUCCCGCAUUUGAUGGAUUCAUAAUGUCUAUGAUACGGCGUAGGGUGGGAUCAGAACGUGGAAGGAAUUGUUAAAUUCUAACAGCAGGUAAUCUUGGGGAUUAAUGUACGGCUUGUAUAGCCCUCGUGCCCUGUACUUAUUCAGAGGGUGUAGGACAUUAUGAGCCUUAUGAGCGAUUGUAAGGCUACGUAGCCAACGUAUGAGCGUUAAAUUUUUAGUCUGUAUGUUGGUAAUGUAUGUGGUCUUGGUGUCUUCGUGUGAUUUCUUUGUUAUGUGAUCAUGUGUGGUUUUGGUAAGAGUAAUGUACAUUGGAGCGUGUUGUUUGCUGUUUUUAUGUAACAGUCCAUCCGUACGUGGUGUAUGAUUCGAAGUGCAACGAUUUUUUUUCAGGCACCUCUGUUCUUUUGCAGUUCAGAAUGGCGAAGUUCACAGUUUGCUAAUGGUAGGGUCAUUUCAUGGUUUAUGUAACAAAGUUACAACUGAGUGAAAAUUGUGUUUUGUUUAUAAACAUGCCGCAUGUGUAAAGAGCAGUUUUUGUUAAGGGUGAGAGAAUCUUUUGAUCAAUGUAGAUAACCCAGAAUUUAUUUCUCUUCUCCAUAGCGAAUAAACCAGUGUCAUGAGAUAAAGUGGAAUGGUUGUGUUUGCCCAGAAUCAUGAAGUGAAACCCAGUGUCCCUAACAAGAGUGUUUUAGAGGUUAGGUUGUACUAUAUUACGUCUUGAAACUGUAUACAAGAAGAUUUUAGUAGCAGGUAUGUGGUCCCAUCGUGAAUGUUCAAAAGUGGAAUUGUGAAGUAACUCGUGAUUGCAUAAUCAGGAUAGAAGUAUUUUAAGAAUUUCUCUUACAGAAUUGUUAAAGUAGUCGAGACAUUUUUCAUGAGGAUAACACUUGUACGGGAUGCUGAACUCUAAAGGAUAAAAAUGAAAGUUACUUAAAAUCUGUACAGGAAACUGAAACCACUAAAUUCCUUGGUCUCCAAAUUGACAGUCACCGAAAAUGGAAAAGCAGCAUAGAUCAGGACCUUGCACAUAUUCCAUCCAAUGUACAAUAAUAGGUUCUGUGGAGAGCCAUCUCAGUAGGCUUCUUGUAAGCCACUUUAUUGCAUAAUCCACAAACCAUCAUGUGUGAUAAACAAGUUUUAAGCAUAAAAAAGGAUCAUCAGUCUCUUCCAGCAAGAGUACCAAAAAUUGUAAUGCCGACAGUUGAUGACAUGUUCCCUAAUCUGAAAGAAAGCAUGGAUAAUAUAUUAAUAAAAGUUGAACAAGAUGAUGUUUCGAGUGAAGAAGAUUCCAGUGACACAAAAUGUGGCAAGGAUUAUAUACCGUCCUCAUAUUCUGUAAAAAAGUCCGAACCCGAGAAUUACACAGAUAUGCUGAAAGUUGUUCCUAGUUCAUGUUGUGAGACAUGCCUAACAUCUGAUGAUAGAAAUCUAAUCAUUGAUACAAAGGGUGAGGACGUCUCUGAUGCGCAAGCAGAAGUGGAUCCUCUGCUAGUAACACCACAUGUAAUAAAGCCUGGAUGUGAGAGCUCUUUGAUUGAGCAUCACCCUACAGGUGCUGAGGGGAGUCCAUACCUUUGUGGUGUGUGCAGUAAGUCAUUCCGUCAUCUCAGUAAACUUAAGAGACAUCACCUUGUGCAUAGUGGAGAGCGUCCAUAUUUCUGUGAAGUUUGUACAAGAUCAUUCAGUGAUUUGGGUAAGCUCAAAAGACAUGUGUUGAUCCAUACCGGCGAGCGUCUGUAUUCUUGUGAUAUUUGUAAUAAAUCAUUUAGUGACAAGAGUAAUAUGAAGAAACAUCAGCGUAUACAUAGUGGUGAGCGUCCGUAUUCGUGUGAUAUAUGUAAUAAGUCAUUUAAUGUACAUGGUACGUUGAAGUCACAUAAACGCACCCACAGUGGGGAGCGUCCAUAUUUGUGUGAUAUCUGUAACAAAUCAUUCAGGUAUCAUUGUAAUUUGAAAACACAUGAACGCAUACAUAGUGGAGAGCGUCCUUAUUCAUGCGAAAUAUGUAAUAAAUCAUUUACUGAACAAAGUACACUAAACAAACACCAGCGUGUACAUAGUUCAGAUCGUCCAUAUACCUGUGAAGUGUGUAAGAAAUCAUUUCGCAUACAGAGUACUCUGAAGACACAUCAACGCAUGCAUAAUGGAGAGCGCCCUAAUUCCUGUGAUGUGUGAAAUCAUGUAGUGAUGUAACACAAGGGCAGCUAUUUGAAUAUGGGGGUUUUGUGUGCUUGUAAUAUAAAUUAAAAGGGAUACUUGAACAGAAUGAUGUGGAAAGACAUACACAUACCAAAUGAAGACUGUUCAUAUUCUUGUGAUGUGUGUUAAUAUAUUAUUUAGUAUUGUGAGCAACUUCAGAGGAAUCUAUUAGUGCGUAGUAAGUAGUGUGUGUAUUCCUGAGAUGUACGAAUUAGUUAUAAGUGGUCAAAUAUAUGAAGAGCUGAAUUCUGCCCUCAGAGGGUACAACAUAA